CCGGUGUAGGUGAAGGAUGCAGCUGGGAAUGUUGUGCGGUGGCGGCGGAGGCUCCCGGACUUGGUGAUGUGCGUGCAGCUUAACUAAACGCUGUUCAUUGCCGGAUGUGGCUCUGACCUUCACACACUCAGUUCUCCAUUCACCUUUUUUUGCUGAGAAGACGAAAAAACGGGUACAGACAUGGCCGGCCAUGUAUCGCCUACGGUGAUAUUCAGAGAUGUUGCUGUUUAUUUUUCGGAGAAGGAAUGGGAUCUCCUGGAAGGGUGGCAGAAAGACCUGUACACUGGUGUCAUUAAAGAAAUUCAUGGGAUCUUAAUCUCACUGGGCUUUGUCAUCCUAAAUCCCAACAACUUCCUAAGGAUACAGCCGGAAGAGGAGCCUCGUUGGAAAAGCCGCCAAGUCGUAGAAAGAAAUGAAAACUUGAAUAUUGUUGGUUCGGAGUGUGGUAUGGUGAAUCCUGAUAUUUUAUUAACUGUCAAGCUUGGUGAGAAGCAGCGAGUGAUGAACUCUUAUGAACAGGAUGGCAGAGGGAGUGUGUCUUUUCCCAGUACAAGUAAAUUUAUUGACAGAUUUGGAGAAUACAUGGCCAUCAAGGAUGAGACACCUCUUGAAGAUUAUACAGUUGUCUCAGAUGUCGAAUGCUUGGAUGACACUGAGCAAAGUUUUCCUUCAACUCCACCUGUUGCUCGCAGGGUUAACUUUCAAGAACAGCCAUCCAACAACUCCUUGCAAAUAGAAGGCAAGCACAGUGUCAAAUAUGAGGCUGGACACAGAGCAUCUACCUCUGGUAUUAAUAAAACUAAUAUGGUUGCUGUUCCACAAAAGCUCAUAAUCAAGAAACCCUACAACAUUUGUGAAAAAAAUGUUAUUUUGAAAGAGUUUCCCAGCAUUGAACCUGUUACACUGAGAAUGAAAUCAAAAGAGCCUCCGGGUAACAGUGAAAACAUUUGUUUGGAUGGAAGGGAUGUAAUAAACUACACCGUUGACGAUGAAUUGAUUAUAGAGAGCCAACGCAGCACUGAAAAAUUCAACCUAAGAAAUAUUCCUUCAAAAAACAGAGUGAAAAUUCAGUACAACAUGAAAACCAGUGGAUACUGCCAAAGAUUGGUCAGAUGGCCAGUGGGUCAGAAGGAGGAGCUUACACAGAGACGUUUCGGGGCAAGCUCUCCCAAGGAGCUGGAGAGGACCUUCAACUGCACUGAAUGUGGAAAGAAGUUUUUAAGAAUAAAUGAUCUUAGGCUUCAUCAAGGAACCCACAAAAUGAAAAUAAAACAGUACAACGGCUCAAUGGUUCAGUUCAGACCCCAGCAGAGGGUUGAAUCCAGUCUAAAACCUCCUGUCGAUGACAAGUUUCCCCACGCCAUCUCCAUUAAAAACGUAUCUGUGGCAAAGUCUUUAACGUGCGUUGUCUAUGGGAAGAAUAUCAACUCGGGCCUUCCCGUCUCACAUACACACAAGACGUUUGCGAGAGAGAGACGAUUUGUCUGUAGGUUUUGCGGUAAACGGUUUCAGAAUAAUAGUAAUCUUAUCGGACAUGAAAGGAUACACACAGGGGAAAAGCCUUUUGAAUGCCCUGAGUGUGGAAAGAGCUUUAGCCAGAAGGCAAAUCUUACCACACACCAGAGGCUGCACACCGGAGAACGACCCUUUGUAUGCAUUACCUGUGGCAAAGGCUUUGCGCAAAAGAUAAACCUCUUAACACACGAGCAAACCCAUACAAAAAAAAAAAAGAAGACAGAUGGCAAGCUGGUCCUAAUAAACUAAUACAAUAUCUCACAUCAGGUUCUGAUUGACCACAGAUCGGCCGGGAUAACCAUAAAGUGCCUGGGAAUCACUUAUUCCUGUUCACUAAGUCGACUUAUUUUUAAAUGCACACUACACAGUUUUUGUCGUUGACUCGCAGGCUGAUUUUACUGUUUAAUCUAGUAUUUUUUUGACAGGUGCUACUCCAAGAAGAAAAGAUACAUACAAAAAAAAAAGUACCUCAGACGUGAGAAGUAUUUUAGAGAUUUCUAAAAUAUGAAUCAUUCGUUCCAAUGUUUUUCUAGCCUUAUGUUGUAAGAAAUUAUAUAUAAAUGUUGUAACUAAUUUGUAUAUAACAGUUGAGUUAUCUAGAGCUCAGUGUCAGGGCUGGAAAUCUUGACCAUUUCUUCACUAGUAAUUUUUCAGGGGUUAAAAAAAAAAAUUUAAAAAAGACUUUCUGUAUAUACAACAGUAUAUUCUCCUCCUCCAACUUCCCCCUCCAAACUACGAAACCUCAAUGAUGCAUUUUUUAGUUUUCCAGUAGGUUUAUUGUGUUUAAGCCUGGGAGGGGGGGAGGUAAGAAAAUUCAUUUUCUCUAUUUUUAAAAAGGAAAAAAAUGACUGCAACUUAUAGACUUGGUCGGGGAAAUGUUUUUGUUCUGUUAUUUAUUGCGUGGUAUAACUUUUUGAUGCACAAUUCUCCAUCGGCUCGUUUUGGUAACAGGUUUUACUCUAUACACACUAAACAUCCAGCUAUAACCUCCAGCCGUACCUUCUAGUGCAGUAGUGCUCCUGAUUUGUGCUUCUAUGUAGGCAAUGUUGACAGAUGUUACAUAAACCUCCAUGUUUUAAUGGUGUGUUCUUCUUUUUUUUUUUUUUUGCCAUCUAAGUCUACCGGGCUUGAAGACCGUGUUUGAAACCGCUUUGCUGAUUAUUUUAUUCCAAGUUGAUUUUUAAAUUUUUUUUUUUUUCAAAUUAACAACUUUAUACUACUGGGUCUGAUUAUUUAUAAUCAUUAUGGAUUUUAAUUAGUUUUUUAUUGAGCAUCUUUGGUUCUCUAAAUUGUUCAGAUAUCCUUGUAGUGUGGCUCUUAUAAAUGUGUGGAAUUCUAUAGUAGAUACCGCUCCUGCUAACAAUUUUAACUGUUCUGAAAAAUGUCAAGGUUUUUGUGACCGUUUCUGUUUACCUUGUUUAGAUGGUAAAAUUACGCCCUUUUCGGCAACCAAUAGUCAGUAAAUUUAACAGGUUAACUUAAAUUUUAACUAAGUAAAGGGUUUCUGUUGGCAAUAUGUAUCACCACGUGUGACUAUGGGGGUCUAGACCCUAGGAUCCCCAGCAAUCUGCAUAACAAAGAGGCGGCAGAGAGCGUUUAUCUCAUUGUACGUGCGGCUGUGCUUGGUACUGCAGCCUGAGCCCAAUCUACUCCAACAUGGUAGAGCAGGUUUACCAGGCACAACCACAUGUACAUACCUGACAGUCCUCCUGUAGAACAUUCAAUAGGCCAAAAUAGUCACUGGAGUGUUGCAACGCCUGAUCAAUGGGUGGGUCUCAGGAAUCACACCAACACUGUUCAUACAUUGAUAGACCCUCCUGUGGGUAGAACAUUAAUUUAUAUUCUCAAAAAACACUUUUGAUGCUGCAGGACUUGACCGUUUGGAGUCCUGAAUUGUUAUUCAGGGUUCCUUCUUCCAGUUUUGAGAUUUCUUUUUCCAUGAUGCUUUGCACGCUGGACAGUUUAGGAGAUGACUGCACUUUGUUGAGUGAAGGGGUGGAGGUAAUUGUCACUUCUGGUGUAUAGUGAUAGCUGUGAUUGUGGUCAAUGGGGACAUUUUUUGUGGCUAAAAGAAGCCAUGACAAAAAUCUCUUAAACAGCAUGUAAUAUACAUUGCACCCCAGCCUUUUCAUUAGAGGAUGAUUGAGAAACAGUUUGUAACAUUAAGGAGGUAACGGAGCUGAGUAGGUCUAGUGCUCUCACUAAUGUAUCUUGUGUCAGUACAUACCAGGCCAGACAUAUCCCAUCCAUACAGAGCAAGUAGCCCUGCAUUGUCACAUAUGCAUUUUACUCUGAUGAUGGUGAAUAUAAGUCAGAGAAAAAAGUAAAACGGGUCUCAGGCUGCAGUUGGUCAGAAAUGAUCGUUACAAUAUAGCGGACAUAAUGCUCUUAUCAGAGGAUUCAUCUGCUGUCGACGGUCUCGUUUUCUCAGAAGGGCCCCCUAACAAUACACUGAUAACUUGAUGCCCACUACUGAACCCCCCAGAGGUCAGCUGUAAUCCACUCGAAACCCAGUUCUCCAGCAGCAUUGUGCAGUUCCUAUACAAUUCAGUAGGUUGCAUGUGUAAUGCACAGGUGUCCCAGGUCCUCCAUAGUGAGAAAUGCACUUUGUAGCAGCCUUGGCUAAUAGAUGUGGGUCUUGAACAGGUAGACCACCCUCAGUUAACUCAUUAACUAAUGGCUUCUCAAAACCAGACAUCCUCUUUAAGGACCACCAGAUCUUUAGAUCCAUGGGAAACACAAGGAAGGAGCUCGAGAAUCAAUGCACAUUGUGUUUGGAUGACUUUAUUAUGUUGUUGUUUUUUAAAGAUUUUCUUUCUAAUCUAGUGUGUAAAAAGUGACUCAUGUUUGCACAAAAGACUCAACGUUUGUAUUGGGAACGUAAGGGACACGUGUGUCCAGCAGUCGCAUAGGACUGUACUGACGUGGUUUCUGUUGCUCUAUGCAGUCUGCAGUCCAUAAUGGUUCCUUGUAUAGAAACCUUUUGGUUCGACAGAAGAACAAAGCUGCUCUUAUACCAUAACUGUUGGUUUUCGUCGGUAUUCACAGAUUCAAUACGUACAGCUUCACAGUUUCUCAAGUAUAUAUUAAGGGAAAAGCGUCCUUGGUCUGUUCAUCCUCAGGCGGUAGAGGAUAGGGAUAGAAGCUCUGUAUAAAAAAUAAGAAAAAAGGACAGUAAAA